CGAGGACAUUUUAAUCCCGCCCACGCAAGAACGUCAUUCCCUUUGCCACGCGUUUAAUUAAUUGAUCCCGCGCGCGGCGACCAAUAAUCGCCUUACCGCGGAUUAACGAGUCUGGCAUCUGGCACGGCGAAACUUUCGUUCCAUUAUCUUCGCGGACCAUCGACGCGUCGCAACAGCAACGUCGAGCGAGCGCGAUCAAAUAUGAGAAGAGAUAUUCUCUUUGUGCUCGUCAUCUCUGUCGCGACUCUUCAGGCAGCCGACGGCAGGUUUUACUACCUGGAGAAUGCAGACGGGCCGCGCAACAACGACGCGAUCCUGGAGCAGUCCUCUCGCGACCUCGACCUCGCCUUCUCCGCGGGGGAGCCGCUCGUCGAGAACGUCGUGCCUCCGAACAGGAAGGUGUACACGGUGAUCACACCGGAGAGACCGUACAUUGAGCUGAGCAGGGAGACGGACCGACCGGUUGCGUAUUACAGAUUGGGCGAGCCAACUGCCAGGAGGAACAGUUACGACGACGUCAUUCUCGUGCCGGACAAGAGCCGGAAGUCGAUGAAGCUGAACGGCAAUAAUAAGGGUGAAGUGAUCCUGGAGCUUCGUGUCAUAGCCAAUCACGAUAGCGCAUGA